GACUAGUCAUUGUCAGUAACCACAGCUGCCCUUUAACCCCUGAGUACUGCACCGUGCCCCCCCUGCUUUGAUGUAUGUGUGAGUAGGUGGCUGAGGAGUAAAAGCCUAAAAUGGCCACCAGACCCUGUUUCCCAUCACUAUCAUCAUCAUCACUAGAAGAAGCAGCAGCAGCAGCAGCAGCAGCACCACCACCUCAGAAGCCCAUCCCCUAGCGUUCGUCCCGGGAAUGCGCCCUGUAUGCGCAUGGGCGGAGAAACUGCCGCUGUGCGCUGUUAUUAUAGUAGAGUAAUUUCUUUUUUUUACGAAAAUGGCGACUAGUCAGGGAAGUGUGGGAGCUGGCGCGGCACUAUACAGCUACCAGCACACGGGUGCACCUCACUGGAGCCCGGGCAUCAGCCAGUUUCAGCAGCAGCACCAGCAACAUCAUCAUCUUCAGCAGCAGCAGCAGUACCACACGGCCCGCAGCCUGGACCGGGCUCUGGAUGAUGCCGUGUGCUCGGGGAUACUGAACCUGAGCGGGAGGAAGCUGAGAGAGUACCCGGGUGUGAGCUACGAUCUGACGGAUACAACACAAGCAGAUUUAUCCAAGAAUCGCCUCACGGAAAUCCCUCCAGAAGUGUGUCUGUUCGCUCCCCUCGAGUCACUCAACCUUUACCAUAAUUGCAUCAAGUGCAUCCCAGAAGCUAUCAUCAAUCUACAGAUGCUGACCUAUCUUGACGUGAGUCGGAACCUCCUGUCAGUUUUGCCAAAAUACCUGUUCAGCCUCCCCCUUAAAGUCCUCCUUGUGAGCAACAACAAGCUUGUGUGCAUCCCUGAAGAGAUCGGCAAAGCCAAAGAGUUGAUGGAGCUGGACGUGAGCUGUAAUGAGAUCGAGGUGCUGCCAGCUCAGGUCGGGAGGCUCCAAGCCUUACGAGAACUCAACAUCAGGAAGAACUGCAUUCACAUACUGCCUGAGGAGUUGGCUGACCUGCCGCUCAUCCGACUUGAUUUCUCCUGCAAUAAGAUCACAGAGAUUCCUCCAGCCUACAGGAAACUCAGGCAGCUGCAGCACAUCAUCCUCGACAACAAUCCUAUGCAGUCUCCACCCGCACAGAUUUGUCUCAAGGGCAAAGUGCACAUAUUCAAGUAUCUGAACAUCCAGGCGUGCAGGACGGACAAGAAACCGGACACACUGGAUCUUCCUUCCCUCGGCAAACGCUGCCUUCCACAGCCACUCACAGACAGCAUGGAAGAUUUUUAUCCCAGUAAGAACCAUGGGCCUGACUCUGGAAUCGGUAGCGACAAUGGUGACAAGAGGCUCUCUACAACAGAGCCUUCAGACGACGACACCAUCAGCCUGCACUCGCAGGUUUCAGAGACAGCCCGUGCUGACGCCCUAUCACUUCUCUCUAAAAUGGACUCUUGCAAAGAUCAGGAUCUCUAUGACUUUAUAGAGCCCAACCCCGACGAGGAUCCUGCUCUGUCAGAGUGUGACGGGCAGCAGAGCAGUCAUGUGUCUUGUAUAAAGGAACUGGAAAAAGUUCUUCACAUGUCUCAGCUAAACAGAGAUAAAGACGGCUGGAAAGAGGAGUCAGGUUCUGACAAGGAGCAGCUUGUUGAGGAAGAGGAGGAUGAGCUGAAGGAAGUGCUGGAUCUGAGGAAGAUUGCUGUUCAGCUUUUGCAGCAGGAGCAGCAGAAUAGACGGCGAUCCUUAAUUUGCAGAGCAGAGAGUCUUAUUCACCGACGGAGAGUAACCGGGCGGGCACACAGGUUCCUAAGUCACUCUGGAAGCUCCAGCAACAAACCAAGGCCUCCGCCACAGACGGCUCGAAGUGCUUCUCUCGAUGAAGGAAGCAGUGGAGCGUCUGUGCUGAGUGGACAGGUAAAAACCAUUUAUCUUCAUCAUAUGACGUUGUUUUUUCCUCUGGUGGAUGAUGAGAGUGACUUUUGUUUUCCCUGUGUGGUCUUGCAGCCCUCGUCUUCCAGCUCCUUUGAUGGCAGCCUAAGGACAGAUGAGUCAGAGUCAAAGUGGCCAGAGGUUCCACCCAUCCUUAAUCAGAAUGAAGAUCGCAGGAGGAACAAGUACCUGAGAAAAGAUUAUCUAAAGUACAAAUGUCAGAGCUCUCGGAAAAACUCCAGUGGAAAUGACGACUGCGAGGAAGGCUUAAGAAACGUUGAUUUCAGCACAACUUUGACAGUGUUUGGACUAAAGCCAAGAUCAGCCUUCACCAGAGGAAGCCGUCAGGAUUUCAACUCGACAGACCCCAGCUUCACCAUGAGGAGGAAGAUGGAGCACCUGAGAGAGGAACUGGAGCAGAUAGGCUUCUUACGACAGAAUAUUGAGUCCAGACUGAAGGUGUUGCUUCCAGAAGACGUCGGAGCUGCUCUCAUGGACGGCGUUGUCCUUUGCCAUUUAGCCAAUCACAUCUGUCCUCGCUCUGUUGCCAGCAUCCAUGUACCGUCGCCUGCAGUGCCAAAGCUCAGCAUGGCGAAAUGCCGUAGGAAUGUGGAGAACUUCUUGGAUGCCUGUAAGAAGAUGGGUGUUCCACAGGACAAGCUUUGUCUUCCCCAUCACAUCCUAGAAGAGCGCGGCCUGGUGACGGUGGGUAUGACCGUCCAGGCUCUACUGGAUCUGCCCACACAGCUGCCAGCUGUUUGACACAAACCUCAAUGCUGCAUCCAACCUGCAGACAACCCCCCCCACACACACACACACACAGCCCAAACCUGACACCCAAACUCCAGGGACCAGAGAGCCCCUCAGGGUGAGGACCUGGUGGAUUUUCUUCCUGACUGAAACAGGAGACAUGAAGCUGAAGAAGCUCUGUCUUCUCAUAUGAUGUCAGCCUCCGCCCACUUCCCAUCCAUCACAUUUUUCCUUUGUGUCCUUUUCUAGUUACUGGGAUCAUCCUGUGUGUGUGUGUGUGUGUGUGUGUGUGUAACUCACUUGUUCAGACCUACGCUGCCUCAAGGGCUUCAUACUGUAAACCCAAACCACUGCCGGGCGUCAAGUGGUCCUUGAGUUCUCUUGUUUUCUCUUUUUGUGUGCGGUACAGUUCGUGUGUAAUAGAUUUUUUUUUUUUUUUUUUUAUAAAUUUAAAGCUGUAGUGCGUAACAUUUAUGUGUAAACACAAGUCUGUUGCUUUCAAACCACUGUCAAGUCAGCUCCACAUUACUCUCUCCACGCUUCUCAGUAUAAUGGCGCUUUUCGCACAGCAUGGAUCGACUCUACUCUAUGUAAGCUUUAAGCACACGGCGUGUAUAAAGCUUACAUACGGUUACAUACGGUACACUAUACAGUUGCGCUGUGGCUUAAAACACCAAGAGGCGGCAACAAAAACUUUCAGAAGUAGUUUCUACUAAAUAAGACUAAAAAAUAAACUUUGGUGGAUGAAUCGUAUGCUAUUCACAUUGUGAUUGCUCACAGAAGUGAUUGUACUGUAUUGAAUAGCUGCCUGACUACAUGAGUCGGUCAAAGCUGCUUCUGUUUCCUUCACCACGCAGCUCCAAUUAGUUUGGAAACUUGAUGGAAUACCAUAGAAGCAUACAUCAGGCAUAGACAGCACUGCUUCUUUCUCUUCUCGCUCUCUCUCUCUCUCUCUCUCUCUGUGCAUGUGUGAGAGAACACAGAGUAAACCAGAGGCCACAGACUGUGUUAGUAAUUACUCAGAAGUCCACAUGGGGGAGGGAUAGAUGUUCAACACUCGAGCUUUACAUUUUUUUUACCCAGUAUUUAUGCACUGAAUCUCACUGUCAGUACCCAAGCUGGAUUUGCCAAGUAUUACAUUUCAGCCACGGCAUCUCCUCCGCUUUUCUAGAGGGAAGUGACACAUCAGUUUUCCAACACGGGUGUGUGAUUUAAAAUACUGUAGCCACGCACUAGGAGGAGCGACAUUUAAACCACUGUGACGUCAGGUUUGGCUGUUUUUUUAGACAACAGUAAGUUUUCCUUUAUCUUGUUAACCAGAUUCGGCGUGUGUCAUCCGCCUUCCUCAGAACUCUCACGUGAUGUCAGGGGGUGACGUGCCUUAUCAGGACAGCAGGAUGACCGCUCCAUCCGUCAAAUCUUAACCGGAAGAUCGUGCCUCCGUAACAGCAGCUGAUAAGGCACGUCACCUCAGAUGACUUAUGUGUUUUGGGCUCAGUGCUGCUUCAAGGAAAACGCUCUUCCACACAUAGCAUGGUGUUAUCUUAAUGCCCAACUCUGCUGUAUUGUGAUUCUGAUACGAUUUAUUGUUUCAGGGAAAUAUUUAUUUAUUUAUUUAUUCAGGGUUUUUUUUUUGUGUGUAUUUUCACCUUGAUUCUUAGUUUUUUCUGUGUAGGUUUUUAAAUUGAUCGAGAGUAAAGAGUAAAACUUGCCAGUAGAGGUGAGAACAAUGUUGACAGGAUAAAUAUCCCACCCACUGGAGAGGUGGCAAGAUCUGAUCUGUACAGGUUUGUACAGGUUUGUAAACUGAAAAUGCAACAUUUAAGCUUUUUUAUGCGUCCAUUUUAUUAUUUAUUCCUUCACACUCAACGAAACGUUUGGUAUUUUUAUGCAACACAUCAUUUCUGUGCAGGACAGUGGAUGAAACUUCGUUUCUCACACAGGUGACUGUAUUUGAAGAGAAGCUGAGUGUCAUGACCUGUAUUUAUAUGACAUCAAUCAAUCAUAAAAUCCAAUGAAGGGACACAUGUGGCUAUGCUACAUGCUUUUCUAAUAAGGCUGAGUUUUUGUUUAAUUGUGUUAAACAGCGCAGAAACAUAAAAUAUGAACUAUUGUGCCUUAAAGAAGAGGUUGCUUUGAUUCGUUACAAUUUGGGAAAUUUUCUUUUAACAAGUCAACAUAGACUAUUUAUAAAAAGUGGACAAAGUUUUCCUGUUGCAUAACAAACUCCUUUUUUUAAAGCCUCUAGAUUCUCGAUUUGAUGUGUGACCUGCUCUUAUUGGACGACACAUUGGACACUUUAUCGUCUUAUUUUCCUCUAAAUGGUAACAUAAUGUACAAAAGUGACAUCAUUUGCUGUUGAAGAAGACCUGACACUCGUGAUUCAUAUCAUUAACUCUUUAGGAAAACGUUUACUUAUGUUCUAAAUCAAGUUAGAAGUAGGCUCAUUUUCCCAUGGAGUUCUUUUUGUAACCUGCGGAGUCGCCCCCUGGUGGCUUCACUGCUAUUUCCAUCCUAUUUCCUGGGCUUCACUUUUCAAACAGGAAGACAAUGUCCAUUUUUAUGUGCAGUCUAGUUCUAGGCCUGUCCCAGUGCAUGGUUUUCACCUACACAUGAACAGGAUGCAUCAGGUUCUGAUGUGGUUUACUGACCAGUCAGAAAACCCAACCUGAAUGUUGCUCAUGAGAACCCUCUGCUUCCUUUGAGUGCGCUGUACUGACUGAUAUUUGUUCCAUCCUUCUCCAAAGACCAGAUGCCGCCGAGGUGCAACAUGAUACAGGGCUUCCAGUCUCUUAGGACUCACCAAGUGAAAAAUAUGCAUCAAAUCAGGCCGCGGUCAUGUGUUGCACAUUUUCGCUGAUAGAAAAUGAGGGACGCCGGUGUUGGGCUGCAUGCAGUCACACGAAGCAGACUCAGGUCAUCCUUUAUUGUCUCGCCUAUCUCUCUAAACUCACGGGCCACUUCAUGGGUUCAACUGUACAAAUGACAUUCGACUGGUUUGAUACGAUCGAAAGUAAAUAAAAUACUCUUUACAACACUUGAAAACCGAUGCACGUGCCACUCCACUAAGCACCUAUCCCAUACCUAACAAAGUGGUUAUUGAGUAAUACUUAAGUCAGCUGGCAUCCUCCUCUGAAAGUGUCCUCACACAAUGCAACGCUUUGUAUUUGUGACCUGUGCCGUUAAACCUGUCGCUUUUGUGCAAAAGUAAGUGGGGCUUUGUACACUUGCUGUGCUAGUGACGUGGAGAUUUUUCUAUCAUUAAUCCUCAUUUUCUUUCAAAUGCGGAUUAAUAAUGAUGCUGUCAGGUGAACAGAUAAUCCUUGUAAAGAGUGUGGCGCUCACUAACAUGGAUUUAUAACAAAACGGAGAAGAACCUGCGAGGCACUGAGGCUUUGUGGUUUUUACAAUCUUCUACAUCAUUCAUUUGAACUUAUGAAAACCUGAGGGAAAACAAAAGUCAUCUGUUAAUAUUUGUGUUGGGUGUGUUGUGGUGUGUUUCUGGUGGAGUCGCUGCCCCUGCAUGUUUUAGAACAUUUGAAUCCGGUGUGUUGGAGCAGGGAAACGUCUAAAACUCGAUUUACACUUUCAGACACAAUGAAACUAUGACCUUUUGUUAAACUGUUGCGCUAACAUGUUGACUUUAGAUGGUUUCCUAAAGAUGUUCACUUGUAUGAACCACUGUCUUAUUUGUCUCUGUCGUCAGAACAUGGUAAUGUCUCCAUCUCUAUCAUGCCACCGGAUCAGUCGAGGCAUGGACUACAGAGGUUGAAAAAUAAAUCUCGAUCGGUAUCACACUUUAUUUCUUCUGAGGCAGAACACUCUUUGUAUCACAUACUAUCAGUUUUACCUUUGAACCUUUCUGUAAAACAAGAUGAGCAGAUAAACAGCUGUAGUGAAAAUGAUGGGUACGAAUCACACCUUGUUAUCUCUCCUGAGGCGGAACAAUCUUAGUAUCACAUACGAUCACAGUUUUACCUUUGAACCUUUCUGUAAAACAAGAUGAGCAGAUAAACAGCUGAAGUGAACACCUUGUGGAUGACUUAUUGUGCGUUCUUUGUGCCAUUUUUGUUCAAUUUCCUUCGCUUGUGCUUUUCAUUCGUCACUAUACUUGCUGUGAAUUUACCCAAUGAACUUCUCCAGCAAAUGUUCUGUUGUUGCCGCCACCAUUCAUCGCUGUCAGACAGAAAUCUUCUGCUGGAUCUGGAAAAUAUUAUUUGUGUCAGAAUGUUGGUGUUGUUUUAAGGCCGAUGUGAGAACAUUAAUGUGUGUUUCACAUGUGAACCAGACUAUUAUUAUUUUUUAAAUCGGAGGAAUUUUACAAAGCCUGGGAUCAAGGUUGUGUGUGUUUAUAUUAAGAGGAACAAUGUACAGAUUUUUUUUUUUUAAUUAUUAUAAUUUUGCUUUUAUGUGAUACUCCUGUUACAUACAAAUAUGAUAAACAUUCACACGCAAUGAAAUUGGCACUUCUUUUUCUGUGUUGGUGCCAAUCUGUGAUUUAUGUGAUGAAAGCUACAUCUGUGACUGUUAAUUUAUUUUAUCGUAUGCCCCGAGGCACACUUCUAUGUAAUUUAACAUUUCACCCAAAGAAAACAGUGGACUAGUGAGUCGUGUCUGAAUACUACACUGCCGAGGAGACUCACGUAUACAAGCUUUUUGUAGGACAAAGUCAAAGUGCAUGCAAAAAUACUGAAAGGCUGAACGUGUACAUAUCAUCUGUAUAAACUCCAGGGUUUUCUUAUAAAACAAACAUGUCAAUAUGAAAUAAAGUCAAGUUCUUUGCAGGC